CAUCUUGAGCUAGUCCCCGCGGCGGCUCUCGGAGCCCGAGCGCGCCCCGCUCCUCCCACAGCCGCGGGAGGAGGAGUCGGGCCGGGCGCGGCCGCCGCUCCCCGGGUGUCAGAGCGGGCCGGGAGCAGGCCCGAGGCGCCGCGUCGCGCUGCUCCCUGUGGCAAGAGGACAGAGGCACCAAACUGACAUUUCACUAAAUCUCUCAGCUCUAUGAUGCUGUUGGGAAAGUUCAUACAACCAGUGCUCAGCUUAAAGAAACUAUCAACCCCAGGUGCACGCAGGCACUUCUGGGCAUGGCUGAAUGCAGUUUUUAACAAGGUAGACUAUGAACGUAUACAGGCUGUUGGCCCUGAUAGAGCAGCUUCUGAAUGGCUUCUGCGGUGUGGGGCGCUGGUUCGUUUCCAAGGCUAUGAUAAAUGGCAGCGUGACUACAAUGGUCUCCCAACAGGGCCUUUAGGAAAAUACAAGAUACAAGCAAUCGAUGCCACAGAGUCCUGCAUCAUGUACCGAGGAUUUGAUUAUUUGGAUGGUCUCAAACACGUUGAGGAAAUUAAGCUGAGCAACUGUAUUUAUAUCCAGGAUGAAUGUCUGCAGAGGAUCAGUGAGACUGAGAGUUUACAGAAAAGCCUCCUGCGACUGAUGAUAAUUUCCUGUGGGAAUGUCACAGACAAAGGCAUCAUAGCACUCCACAAACUAACGAACCUUGAAUAUUUAUUUCUGAGUGACCUUCCUGGGAUAAGAGAGAAAGAAACUACUGUUCAGAUCCUUAAGAAAUCAAUGCCAUCACUGGAGCUGGAAUUAGAUUUAGAAUAAAGGCAUCUUUAUGUAAUUCUGAGGUGUCUUAUUUCAUAAUCUGCAUUAUCCUUAAACUAUAUGCGUUAUACAGUUGUCGCUACUUAUAUUUCCUCAUGGAAGAAGAACUCUCAUCCAUGGCUUUGAAGGUAUUUAAAAAAAAAUCAAUCUCAAUGAAAUGUCGUUGAACUUAAUUUGUGCUUUCACUUAACUACA